CGUCGUUGGUUCAGUCAUCCUUCGGAUUAAGUGGUGCCUUAGCUGCCUGCUGCAGAGGUCUUCCACCAUCACUUGAGUCUCGGCCAACGGAAUUAUGUCGGAAGCUCUGGCGGAACAAGCUCCCCAUGUGGUCGAUGCUGCCCAGGAAUCUGAAGACGAAGAAGAAAGCUUCGAGUCAAUUGAGAAGCGGAAUAAAUGCUGGCGACGUGAAGAAACUUCAGGAUGCUGGAGUUUACACUUGUAAUGGGCUGAUGAUGUGGACAAAAAAGGCCCUCUGUGACAUUAAGGGGCUUUCUGAUGCCAAAGUUGAGAAGAUUCUUGAGGCCGCGGGUAAACUAGUGAACUGUGGAUACGUUACGGGAAAUGAAGCGCUUAACCUGAGGAAACAAGUCGUAAGGAUCACUACAGGAAGUCAGGCGUUGGACGAUCUUCUUGGAGGUGGCGUUGAGACAAUGGCCAUAACUGAAGCUUUUGGCGAAUUUCGGACGGGGAAGACUCAACUUGCACACACAUUAUGUGUAGCUACACAGCUACCAAUCAACAUGAAAGGUGGCAAUGGCAAAGUUGCCUUCAUCGACACCGAAGGAACAUUCCGUCCAGAAAGGAUCGUUCCAAUCGCGGAGAGAUUUGGUUUGGAUCCGAACGCCGUGCUUGACAAUAUCAUAUUCGCUCGAGCUUACACGCACGAGCAUCAAUACCAGCUUCUCAUUGCACUGGCCGCGAAGAUGGCCGAGGAGCCCUUCAAGCUGCUGCAAAAAUUGGCGCAAAUGCUCUCAAGAAUUACGAAGAUAUCCGAGGAGUUUAACGUGGCUGUGUUUCUUACCAAUCAAGUCAUUGCUGACCCUGGAGGGGGAACGUUCGUUGCUGACCCCAAGAAACCUGCUGGAGGCCAUGUUAUGGCGCAUGCAUCCACCGUACGGUUGAUGUUCCGCAAGGGUAAAGGAGAGCAGCGCAUUUGCAAGGUCAUCGAUUCACCGAAUCUUCCUGAAUCCGAAGCUACCUUCGCAAUCUCUAAUGGAGGGGUUACUGACGCGAAAGACUAAUAUGACAGACGUGAAAGAGAAGGUAUUCAGAUGCCAUGGAUCUAUGGCAUGCAUCCAGUUGUGGCUGGAGAGCCAUGCUGAGUGAUACAUUCCAGGUGGCUGCUGAGCUAUGCUGAGCCACGCCAAAGUUGUGAGUAGGUCGACACUCCAGGUGGCUGACAAAUUCUUAGUGGUACAAACAUUUCAUAUUCAGGUUACAUCACACACAACUGGUACCGUAAUCCCCCGUAUAAAACACCCGCCGGAAUUAAGCUCCCCCGGGUAGCUUGAGCGGGUAUGGGUGUUUAAUUUUUCUGGAUAUACACAACACCCUACUUUCGGACGUGAAAACUUUUGAACACCCCCCUGCCACCUAGAAUCUGCAUUUUUAGCAGGAAACACUAGAAUUUUGCAGUGCAUAGAUGUGUCCAACCA